AUGGAAGACCAGGGAGAAUGGGCUCCUGUGCUGUCUCUUACCGGAGUGCCUCGCUACACUGAAAGGCUCAUUGUGCUUUUACUAGUAUUGAUCAGUUCCUCAGUCGGAUCAUGAUGUAUAUAGCAUAUAUAUUACUGUAUGAACAUACUGUACUGUAUGUUGAUGUCCAGGUCUGGCCUGUCCUAUAUAUGCAACCCAGUCAAUGUUUUGUUCUGCAAAUGACAAACAGUUACGAGCAAAAUGUGGAUUAUAGGAAAAGGUACUAUUGUGUUUUUGCCCUUGACACAGGUCUGGGAAUACACACAUGACCAAAAGUAUAUGGACACCUGCUCGUCGAACAUCUCAUUCCAAAAUCAUGGGCAUUAAUAUGGAGUUGGUCCCGCCUUUGCUGCUAUAACAGCCUCCACUCUUCUGUGAAGGCUUUCCACUAGAUGCUGGAACAUUGCUGCGGGGACUUGCUUCCAUACAGCCACUAGAGCAUUAGUAAGGUUGAGUAUUGAUGUUGGGCGAUUAGGCCUGGCUCGCAGUCGGCGUUCCAAUUAAUCCCAAAGGUGUUCGAUGGGGUUGAGGUAAGGGCUCUGUUCAGGCCAGUCAAGUUCUUCCACACCGAUCUCGGCAAACCAUUUCUGUAUGGACCUCGCUUUGUGCACGGGGGCAUUGUCAUGCUGAAACAGGAAAGGGCCUUCACCAAACUGUUGCCACAAAGUUGGAAGCACAGAAUCGUCUAAAAUGUAAUUGUAUGCUGUCGUCUAGCCCGAACCAUGAAAAACAGCCCCAGACCAUUAUUCCUUCUCCACCAAACUUUACAGUUGGUACUACGCAUUUGGGCAGGCAUUGUUCUCCUGGCAUCCGCCAAACCCAGAUUCGUCCUUCGGACUGCCAGAUGGUGAAGCAUGAUUCAUCACUCCAGAGAACGCGUUUCCACUGAGUCCAAUGGCGGCGAGCUCUACACCCCUCCAGCUGACGCUUGGCAUUGCGCAUGGUGAUUUUAGGCUUGUGUGCAGCUGCUCGGCCAUGGAAACCCAUUUCAUUAAGCUCCCAACGAACAGUUCUUGUGCUGAUGUUGCUUCCAGAGGCAGACGAUUUUUACAUGCUACGCGCUUCAGCACUCGCCGGUCCCGUUCUUUGAGCUUGUGUGGCCUACCACGUCGCGGCUGAGCCUUAGACGUUUCCACUUCACAAUAACAGCACUUACAGUUGACCGGGCAGCUCUAGCAGGGCCGAAAUUUGGCGAACUGACUUGUUGGAAAGGUGGCAUCCUAUGACGGUGCCACGUUGAAAGUUACUAAGCUCUUCAGUAAGGCCAUUCUACUGCCAAUGUUUAUCUAUGGAGAUUGAAUGGAUGUGUGCUCGAUUUUAUACACCUGUCAGCAACGGGUGUGGCUGAAAUUGCCGAAUCCACUAAUUUGAAGGGGUGUACACAUACUUUGUAUAUAUAGUGUAAGUAAAUGAGUUCAUUAUCAAUUCCCCUUAAGAUGUUAAGGUAUUGUGCAAUUGAUAUGAUAGAGAGAGAGCAUAAUAGGACUGUAGCCUCUCGCCGGUUGGCUGUUUGGGUUGACCCUCUCAAGGCGCUCGGCCAUUCCCUGUCAGAGACACCAAAUAAUGAAGAUUUCAUAAAACUAAGAAAAAAUAUGGCCUGGCAAUAUAAGCCAAGUGUGCGGCGUAAAAAUAAAAUUAAAUGACCUUUCACCUCUGUGUGUAUUGAUGGCUUUUAAUGGCAGCAGGUGUUGUCAGAGGGAUAGUUUGACAUGGUGUAAAUCAAAGCACAAUUAUGAGCUUGGACAACCACAGGCCGGGUUGGAGGGACAGUCAGCCCAGAGACCUUUUAUUCCCUCUUCCUGCAACUUCUCCCUCUUAUAACAAUCACAGCUAGCGUGAUUUAGGUGUGUGUUGGUCAUCGAGGCGAAGCAAGAAAUCUGGACCCUGCACUUCCUCAUCUUUCUCCUUGUCUACGAUAUUGCCCGAGCCGUAUCGGCUAGCAGCCUUCUCCAACAACUCCAAGGUCAUUUCGGUCUGACAAACUACUGGGCAGGUUUUAUAAUGCAACGAGGCCUUGAACCAAUAUAAGCUGGGAUUUUUACUGCUGACCUACCAUACCAGCACAUCAUUAUGCUUAAUUGACCUGAGAUGAAAUGUAGUGUGAAAUUUCAGCCCUAGGGUUUCUAGUCAACCUAAAUGAAUUACUCAACAUUCACUUAAAAGCUCUGUGCACACACACACACAUCAUGGAAACACAACGUGCUUCAUCAUCCCCAACACUGCUCAUCUGCUGCCUUUUAAAGGUGUCACUUCUCAUCUCGACUGCACUAACUCUCCAUGGAGACAAACACACUUGUCCACACACACUCACAGAAAAAGGCCAGUGUACACAUACACAGGUAUUCUAUUAGGGUAAGAAAAACAAAGAUAUGAGGCACUAACACACACAGGGACAAUUACAUACUGCACCUUUAUAAACUAAUAUGCUGGCACACUCUUCCACACAAGGUCUCUCUGCACACACACACCCUUGGAGCCAAGCGUGUCAUUGGGAGGAUGGUGGUGGUGGUGCACAGUGAAGCGUGUAGCGCAUCCUCUGGGCUCUAUUCCUCAUUCACAGUGUGUGAGCUCUCCUGUGACCCUGUCUCUGUGAGUUUGAUGAAUGCUGCACGUCUGCCCUCCUGAACCACAGAGACUCUGUCUGAGGGCCCCACUGCCUGGAAAGUAAUGGCCACUGUUCUACACUACUGGCACACACACACACACAGAAACACAGAAACACACAGCUGCUCACACUUUACACAUAAGCAUGCAUAAAUUAGGGAGUAGGCUACCCACACUUACCCACAAGCACUCGCUCAUACACACUUGCACAGGCUCCAGACAUACACACUCAUGUACAUUUAUCCCACAUAUGUAUGUAAAAAUACCAAUAAAGUUUUCAUCUGGUUUACAAAUGGGUUUGUGGAUUGAUGGCUGUUAUUGUACUCCACUGGUGUGGUAACACUCCUCUUCUCCUGGCCUGGCCUCUGUUUGGAUAGAUAUCUCCUCUAAAUAUUAUUGCUGUUGUUAUUACACCUAGAUGGAGAGUACAUUAUCAUGUAGAUGGAGAGUACAUUAUCAUCUAGAUGGCGAUUACAUUCCAUUCACUCCAUUUUUACAUGUCGUACAGCAGUGUAAUGUCAUUAUUGUCAAACUAGCGUUAUAUGUACUGUCAGCCUGACACAGGCAGUGUAGAGGAACUCAUCAGACACAGCUCUAUUUCCGGCUGGCGUUAAGCCAGCCAAUUGUCAAACGCAUGCUCGUCCUGUUAAAGCCGGCACUCUUCUAUUUUCAAACCCUAGUUGCAGGAUUGGUAAUUUACCUGUUUUAUAUGAGGUUGCUUGCGCUGAAGUGGGAGGCGUGGCAAUAUUUGAGGUGUGUCCUUAAAAACGUGCGCCAAAGUGACAAUUUGGUGGGGACAUUUAAGACCAACCGGCAGCAGAAGCGCAGCUUAUCCAGCCGUGACGCACAGUGCCCAUAUGCACAUGGAACAAGAGAUAUGUGCUCUUUGUGCCCGUAAACCUCGUAUUUAGAAACAUAAAAAUCUGUUUUUUUCCCAUUUCGUUUUCAUUUUAUUAAAAACCAAGCAUAGCCUCCCCUCCUCUCAAUUAAGGCAGUUUUUUUUGUCAUACCCAAUGCAUUCGCCAAGUAGUCAAGACUAUCUAUAAAGGGUUUGGCUCGUGAGACCACUUUGAAAUAAAUCUUAAACCAAAGCCUAAAAGAUCAUGUAGGCUAUAUGCCCACCAUGGAACGAGAGAUGAGAUAAUCCGGUAACACUCGUAUUUAGAAACGUUUAAGUUAUUUUCCUGUAACAAUUGCUUGUUUUCCAUUUUGUUUUAUUUAAAAACAAGCCCUUAUAGGAGGCUCCACUUACCCUACUAUAAUCGAAGCUGGUUCAACAGCAAUGCGUCUGGUGUCUUUCUUAUCAUGGCCAUGCAUUAGCCAAGGAGCCUAUCCAUAAAAGGUUUCUAAAUGGUCUACUCCUGAGGUUUUUGCCAACAUGCUUUUGCAUUAUUCACAAUUCACAUAAGCCUACCUGCAGUGCAUACUCCAAUCGGCUUGUAUCCAUCCCCAUUUCCAAAGAGCGCCACUUGUCCGGUUACCAAAGACGCGCUACUCCAAACAUAGGCUAUUCAAAAUGUUCUGUCCUAUAACCCCAUAUAAAUGGUAGGCCAAGGCUAUAUCUUGCUUAUUUAGAACGUGCCAAUUGAAUUGCAUUGCGUAAAGGCCUAUACUUGUUGAAGAAAAUUACAACAAUGUUAACUGUCAACACUCCAAACAUAUUGAGCACUGGAUUUUUUAAAUAUUUUUUUAUUGCUGCUAUCACUCAUUACUGUAGCCUAUGCUUUUUAAUCAACUGUAGUGAAUUUCAAACACAGAUUCAACCACAAAGACUAUUGGUAGAUGGGUAAAAAUAAAAAAGCAGACAUUUAAAAUCCCUUUGAGCAUGGUGAAGUUAUUAAUGACAUUUUGGAUGAUGUAUCAAUACACCCAGUCACUACAAAGAUACAAGCGUCCCAAAGAUACAGGCGUCCUUCCUAACUUCAGUUACUCAGAGAUUUCACCAUGGUGACUUUAAAACAGAGUUUAAUGGCUGUGAAAAGGAGAAAACUGAGGAUGAAUCAACAACAUUGUAGUUACUCCACGAUACUAACCUAAAUGACAGAGUGAAAUGAUGGAAGCCUGUACAGAAUAAACAUAUUCCAGAACAUGCAUCAAAUCAAAUCAAAUGUAUUUAUGAAGCCCUUUUACAUCAGCAGAAACCCAGCCUAAAACCACAAACGGCAAGCAAUGCAGAUGUAGAAGCAUGGUAGCUAGGAAAAACUCCAUAGAAAGGCAGGAACCCUGAAAGAAACCUAGAGUGGAACCAGGCAAAUGCAUCCUGUUUGCAGCAAAAACUGGUUAAUUUGACCCAAAAAUCGACCUAACUGUUUCUCAAAAUUACUGUUAAGUAAUACGGCAAAUUAAGUUGAUCAUGCUUUGUGAUGCACCCGUUUUUACGAUGUUUUGGUCCACACAACAUGUCACUGUCACCUACAGUAGAACCUGAUGAACAACAUGGGGGGAAACAAUAAGCCACUGUCAUGCUUUAUUGUCCUACCAGAUCCGCGAUGAGAAGGUUCUAGCUAUUGUAUCCCUCUGACCUUCGACUCUUGUUGGAUGUUGAUGUCUGGUUUAUCAGGUCCCAGGCUCCCAUGGCUGUUAUGAUAAUUUUUUACAAGUUAAUUACAAUUAGCUUUUUGCUUGAGCGCCAUCUGUACCUGAUAGAGCAAAUCUAGUCGCACGUGCGGAAGUAAGCAGUCUGGCGCGAGAGACAUAUUGGGAGGGAAAAUAAAGCAGACCCAGAAGUUCUGACUGAACACACAUUUGAUAGCCCCACGACGGUCCAUUUACUUUGUGCUGUUAUAAUUUAUGCUUUGAAAUCCUGUGAUUUCAUUGGGGCAGUUCCCCACUCAUAGCAUAUCUGGCAAAACAAUCCAAGCAAUGUUCACACGGCCUAUGCGCCCGUGGAGGCGGAGCUGCUGCUGCUGGCAGUCACUGAAGGGCAGAGUAGUAACUGAACAGCUUCUUUUGAACAAUAUAUUUUUGAAACAGGAAAACGUACACAUUUACCGCACUUUUAUGAGCAUUUAAAACAUAAUCCAUGAAUUAUAUAUAUUAUAAAAUAAACACAAAUGUUUUGACCAAUCACAAGUGUGUAUAUAUAUAUAUAUAUAUAUAUAUAUAUAUAUAUAUAUAUAUAUAUAUAUAUAUAUAUAUAUAUAUAUAUAUAUUUUAACCAAUUACAAGUGGGGCGCCGCCCCUAACGCCUUAAUGGGGGGCCGCUGUCCAGCCGAAUUGGAGUUGAUGACAACGUAAAGACUGUCAAUAACCUACAGAACUUGAGACUAACGCAUGCAGUAUUAAGCCAUGGAACGCCUUGAUUGGCCAGUGAGUGGCCAAGCCCCUCGUCACACCUACAACUUGUUUAUUCAUCUAAACCCAGCCCUUUCACACUACCACCAGCUAUUGCGUUCAUAAUAAGUUGUGAAAUAAGUUGUGAAAAUAGCAAAAAUAUUUCUGUUACACCUCCGAACCUAUAACGCUACCGCCAGACCUUAGAUUUACCAUUGCGUUAGUUUUGUUAAAAUACAGCCCACUUUCACAGGGCUGCCCAGAUAUCUGUCCGUUGCUCAGGGAGUCAGCAAUGCAGGUGCCCCUGCUACCUGCUCAUCUCCCAGAUAAUUAGUGUGUAUAAGGAGCUGCUAAUUGCACUUCUCACUAAUGAUUUAUGGGAUUUGGGAAGAGGGGGGAGAUGGAGGGGGGAGCGGGGGUGUAAGUCGGUGCUGGUGCAGUCAGAGGUAGUGCAGCUGGGGGAUGGGACAUGAUUGAAGACUGUUUGGAUCCACUGUCAGCUUAGAGAGACAGAGCUCCACCCUCAGCAGCAGACUGGGGGCUGUGAUAGGACAGGACAGGGAUGGCUCUGGAAUAGCAAGGCCAGGGACACACACAUCAACACUGGUCAACUGUUCUCACACACAUGCCUUUAUGUACCACCACACUGUUCAUGACACUUAUACAGUAUGGUGGUAAAGGCACAAAUCCACACAUCAAAAAAGGAGAGAAAGGAAGCUAACACAUUUAUCUGACACUUACUCAUGCAUACAGGAGCCACACACACUCACACUCUCAUAGUUAUUCACUCAGUGAGUGAUGACUGACGCAGAGGAUAUUACUUGCUGUAAUAAAAAAUAUCACCCUUUAUUUAUAACUACAGUGCCUUCAGAAAGUAUUCAAACCCCUUGACUUAUUCCACAUUUUGUUGUUACAGCCUGAAUAAAUAAAAAUGGAUUACAUUUGGGGGUUUUCUCACCCAUCUACACACAAUAAACCAUAAUGUCAAAAUGAAAACAUAUAUUGAAAAUUAUAUACAGAAAUCUAAUUUACAUAAGUAUUCACACCCCUAAGUUAGAAUCACCUUUGGCAGCAAUUACAGCUGUGAGUCUUUCUGGUUAAGUCACUAAGAGCUUUGCACACCUGGAUUGUACAAUAUUUGCCCAUUUAUUAUUUUAAAAAUUCUUCAAGCUCUGUUAAAUUGGUUGUUGAUCAUUGCUAGACAACCAUGUUUUCAAGUCUUGCCAUAGACAUUCAAGCAGAUUUAACCCAAAACUGUAACUCAGCCACUCAGGAACAUUCACUGUCUUCUUGGUAAGCAACUCCAAUGUAGAUUUGGCCUUGUUUUUUAGGUUAUUGUCCUGCUGAAAGAUGAAUUCAUAUCCCAGUGUCUGUGCUUAGCUCCAUCCUGUUUAUUUUUUAUCCUGAAAAACUCCCCAGUCCUUAACGAUUACAUGCAUACCCAUAACAUGAUUCAACCACCACUAUGCUUGAAAAUAUGGUGAGUGGUACUCAGUAAUGUGUUGUAUUGGAUUUGCCCCAAAUAUAACACUGUGUAUUCAGGACAAAAAGUGAAUUGCUUUGCCACAUUUUUUGCAGUUUUACUUUAGUGCCUUGUGGAGUAACUACAAUGUUGUUAAUCAAUCCUCAGUUUUCUCCUAUCACAGCCAUUAAACUCUAUAACUUUUUAAAAGUCAACAUUGGCCUCAUGGUGAAAUCCCUGAGCGGUUUCCUUUCUCUCCGCCAACUGAGUUGGGAAGGACACCUGUAUCUUUGUAGUGACUGGGUGUAUUGAUACACCAUCCAAAGUGUAAUUAAUAACUUCACCAUGCUCAAACGGAUAUUCAAUGUCUGCUUUUUUUAUUUUUACCCAUCUACCAAUGGUCUUUGUGGUUGAAUCAGUGUUUGAAAUUCACUACUCAACUGAGGGACCUUAACGAUAAUUGUAUGUGUGAGGUACAGAGAUAUGAGGUAGUCAUUCAAAAACAAUGUUAAGCACUAUUAUUGUCCAAUAUAUGUGACUUGUUAAGCUAAUUUUUACUCCUGAACUUAUUUAGGCUUGCCAUAACAAAGGGAUUGAAUACUUAUUGAUUCAAGACAUUUCAGCCUUUCAUUUUUUAUUAAUUAGUAAAAAAUAAAAAAUAAAAUCCACUUUGACAUUACGGGGUAUUGUGUGUAGGCCAGUGACACAAUCUCAAUUUAAUCCAUUUAAAAUUUAGGCUGUAACACAACUACGUUUUGAAAAAGUCAAGGGGAGGAAAUACUUUUUGUAUGCACUGUAUCUCUCUCUUCCUCCUUUCAUUCACCUCCUCCCCUCUCUCUCUUCCCAGUUUUUACAGUUUGACAGUGAGCUGUCCUGUUUCAAGGAACGGCUGCACGAGCUGGAGAUCGCCUUUCCUCCCAGGUAUGGAAUCCUCUGUGUUUCCUUGUGAAUCACUGUUUAUAUGAACCAUACCUAUUCAACUCAAUCACUCCUGUUAUUUAGGAAAAUACAUGUAUAUUAUCGUACUUGUGCUCUUGGUUAUUGGAUUUCUUGUACCACUAAAUACUGACUGAUGUGGUUAUUUAAAGAGGCAGUUCUUCCAUAUUGGUAUGGUACAAGACACAAUCAACACCAAUUAAAACAAUGAAGGUCUUCCAGAGCUGUAACUAUCUAUUACCCUGCACAUUAAUUGGUACCUGUAUUGGUACCUACCUUUUAUUGUCUAUUGUCCUGUAUAUUACCUACUACCCCUGUCUAUUACCCCUUAAAGUGCCUACUCUGCCCUUCACUAUCAUUGGCCAUGAAAUGGUGGGCCUACCCCUCAUAUCCUUCAUCUCUCAUUCUAACCAUGUGCUAGUUACAGUCGGUAGUUACUUAGUUAUCCAGGAUUCAGUCAACGGUGUACAAAGAUUGAGUUACUUUUUGGAAGGACUCAUUCUAUCCAUUGGUAAGGUGUGUUAUAAAAAGAAGUGGACUAUACUACUAACCUUACUACAGCACCACGUCGCUGAAGAGCAGAGUAAAUCAGCAGGUCACAAACAGGCUGAUGUUUUGCUCCAUUAAUGGGAUGGGGCCUUAACAUUACUCAAUCAUCCCUCUUGGGCCAAAUGGUUUUGUUUGUGCCAAAUAUAUAUUUAAUGGUUAUCAAUUGUUUAGUAUGAUUGGAUGUGCUUCUAAACUGCUCCCCUGGGUGUGUACGUGUGUGUGUGUGCGUUUGUGUGGUUGCAUGCACGUGUAUGUGUGUGUGUUCUUGCUUGUGUGUGAAGAGGACUGCAUUGAUAUUCUGUCGCGGUGGGAGUUGGGGGACCAUGGAGAGGGGGUCCUACUCAUCUCCUCUUCCUCAAACAAAUGCGUUUGCAAUUAGCCCUUUCAAAGCAGAGGGAGGGCAAACACACACGCGGCCUGCGUGGGAAUAUGUUUUGGCGGUGCCGCGAUAAUGGCGCUUGACCUUUGUCAGUUGUGACUCAAUCAGUGCAGAUAAUGAAACGCUGUAAUCAAACAAUAAUUACUUGAUAAACUGCUCUAGUGGCGAGCGUGGAGCCGGACCGGUGGGGAGAGUGUGUGUGUGUGUGUGUCAAGGUCCUGCCAGUCACUGUUUUUAAAUUACUCCGUGUCUUAAUCAGGGACCCCAUUUACAUCUCUUUGCAUAAGUGACGUCUGGAUUUAUUGUCCUUUUACACUCAGUGACUUUUGCACCUAUCUAGCCAUAAUAUAAUAUUGAAUCAUCGUCUCCCUGCCGAGUGAAUGAACAGGCUACUGUGAAAGAAUACAAAUGAUUUUCACCUAAUGGGGACAUGAUUAAUCAAAUUGAUAAAACCUCGGCAUAGCAUAUGAAAUUUGAUUCAAUCUACUCAGUGUCUGAUACAAGCCACAGUGGUUAAUGAGUAGAAAUGGCAUAGUUAAACUUAAGCAACCCUCUCCUCCCAUUCACAUAACACACACUUGCACCAACACAUACACACUCCGCAUACAUACUUGUCCCCUCCCCCUGUCAGAUCAUCCUUGUGCUCUAUGAGCAAUCAAGCACUCAAUGAUUGUUCUCCAUCACAUAGCCUGCUCCGGAACAGCCCUUCACCAUCUGUGAGGUUAUUACUUCCCUUAACACAAGCCACAGAGGCCCCCUGCGCACACACACACACACAUACACACAUGCUUGCUUACACUCAAUCUAUAAAUCAAUACUGUUCAAUACUGUUUAUUCUAUAAAUUAAUCCUGCAUGUGGAAGUCUAUGUCCACCUGUGAAAUCGAGUGGAUAACCAUAGCCUAGUUGUUGCUGAAUUUGAGGUAAUUUAGCAUGUUGCCAGGGAUAAAGAUCUCAUCAAACCCUCAAUUAUUUUGGUUUAGGGAUCAGUGUCUGUAUUUUCAAAGCGUCUCAGAGUGGGAGUGCUGGUAUAGGAUCAGUUUAGCCUGUUUAGAUAAUAAUGAGUAAGAUUGUAUGGACGGGGGGGGGGGGGGGGGCUGAUCCAAGAUCAGCACUUCUACUCUGAGACGCUUUAUGAAUACAGGGCCAGAGUUGUGUGUAUGACGUUGUGAAAAUGUGUAACAGCGAAAAAUGAUGAUCCCCUUUCACCUCCACCAGGCUGCAGUAAAAGCUCAAUCACCCCAAACUGGAGGUUCCAUUCCAUUUUUAGAAUAAGACACUAUAGUGUUAUUGAGACUAUACAUUAUUUCAGUGUCUGUCCCAUACGUUCUCGUGCAUCGUGUUUGCAUUUAUGGAAUUUGCUACAAGCUGUAGAUUCAUAUCGCUCACCUUCAAGACAUCGUCUGUCAAAGUUGGCCGUGACAUGUCUAAGCACUCGGCCACAGGGGUGUGGAAUUUCUCCGUAGCCCGCGAGAGUUGUACCUGGUGCCAGCCGGCUGCCGCACGCCGAUAGGCUGAGGGGUAUCCCAUUCACACAGAAGCACACACACUCAUACACACACAAGUAUGGUAAAAAGCUAUAUCUGUUGCGAGUUUGGUAGUUGGGAGUGGGGCACAGUCUUUCAAGACGAGUUUAUCAAUUGGAAACCAAUCACAUGAUAAAAAUAGUUAGAGCCAUCCAUUCCCCACCCGCUCUUCUGAGCAAUUUCAAGAAAGGUGCUAAGGUUAAGACUAUCAUCUUUGUAACAAAUGACAGCAUGGCCCCAAGACUCAAAAUAACUGAAUGGUAAACUUGAAAUGGUACAUUUCUGAUUAUGUUUGCUGGAAUAGCAUAGCUAAGGUAAUCUCCCCAAAACAUCCAAGGAGGCUGAGUAACUUGUGUUAUUCAUAUAUUUUGAUUGAUUUAGGAGAAUGCUUUUAGUACUGCCCGUUAUCUGAUUUAUUUGCUCUUUUUUUUGUCUAAGAUCGAUGCAAAAAUGUAAUAUAAACCUGGAGCGGGAGAAAUUCAGUGAACAAUGAGAGAGUAGGGGAAGAAUCUUUUUCCUGCUUUAACCAGAUUACCCUGAAUGGGCUCUGAGGGAGAUGUUGAGUGACAUCAGACAGACUGGGGUUCUAACUCCAUCAAUAUACAGCCCCAUGAGUCGACUACUCCAAAAAAAAGGGUGGAGGAAAGAGGGAUAGAGAGAGUGGAAAGAGAGAAAGAUGGGAAGACACUUGAGCUAGAAAGGAUGGCUCCAGUCCCAUGCGUCUGUGUUUGCCAAGUCUAGACAGGCCAGGGAUGGGAGGAACAGAGAGUAGCAGAGAGGACUGGAGAGGGGCGAGAGGAGCAAAGCGGGCAGGGGGUCGCGAGGUGAGGAGGGCCAGGGUGUGCGAGGAGGAGGGCUGAUAAACUGUUGUCUCUUCACCGUUUGGUGUUUAACAGGAAGCCAGGAGCGCCACGGGACCAACCAUGGCACGUUAGCAGACAUUUUCCAAACAUGGCUGGUCUAUGAGGAUGGGCCGAAGUCUGACUUCCCCCUGGGAAAAGACACAGCGUUUACAAUGCAGGCGGAAGAAAACCUUUAGAAAAACAGAUUGCCCGUGCGGUUGCCCAUCAGUUUAGGGGGGGAAAUAGUAUUUGGUCCAGUGACAUAAAUGGUGAUCUGCCAAUUCUCCAGGACAUGCUCUCGAAAACACUUGUCUGUUCAUAUGCCCUGUGCCCUGCCUCAGAAAAGAAGAAAACAAGCUGCAGUUUAAACCAAGCAGCUGAAUGCUAAGCAUUAUCUCAGUUUGAUGGCCAUGUUAGAUUUUCCAGCAGUUCACCAUUGGAUAACAGUGCUUUACUGAGUGUGAUGUUUCCUCAUUGAAUGGUGGAAUUUGUGAAUGUCCCAUUGGGAAACAGUCCUUGGCACACUGACUCUCCCACUAUCCCUGCAGAAUGAGGAAGACAUCGAGAUCCCACCCUCUGGGCCUCUUAAGAGUGAUGUCACCCUGUGUGUAUGCGUGCCCAUGUGUGUGUCUGAUGGCCAGGGCAAGCUAAGUGAAGUCCUCUCCUCUGAAAGGUUCUCCUAUACUUCGGUAGAGGCGCAUUACUCUGUUUAUGGAGUACCAGAGAUGUCCGUUAGCCACUGUUUUGUUAAGCGCUGCAAGAGAGAGAUUCUAAGGCACACACACACACAGCUGAUAUUGUUUGCUGGAGUGUAGAGGAGAUCGAGCGUUAUCACACACAAUCAGCUGAAGAGGAACAUUGUUUCACACUCUCAACACAUCCAUCAUUCUAACUGCUGGGUAUCCAUUGAAAAUGAUGAGGGGCUAUUGUAGUAUAUAUUUGCAAUGGCCAUGUGUCUGUGUGCUUCCCUGGGCUGAUGCUUCGCUGGGAUGAGAGGGAGCCUUUGUUUAAAUGGCUCUGGUACAGAGAGGGUUAAACAGACGCUCAAGACUUCCUCUUGAGUGGAAAGGGGGCUGCAGAAUAAAUGCAGCUCUUCACUGAUACAGAACAUCUUGGACAGAAUGUAGCAGUCUGUCCAAUACACAGACAACCUCUGAGCAAACUGUGGCAUUUGACACUGUGUUUGUAUUUGGCCAAUGUUGUGGCAGAGGACUCCCCAACCCUGAAAUGUGGAGCAAACGUUCAAGGAGUUUUAUUGAUAGCAGUUUGUGUGGCUGAUCUUUGUGAAUGAAAAUGGAGGUGUGUCUCUCCUCGUUUCCCGCCUUGUUUUGCCAAGCCUCCCCUGACAACGGUGAACAAAUAUGGCUGAGCGGGAGAGGUGAAUCAUUAGAAAAAAAGUUUAUUUUCCCGUGAAAAUAAAAUAACUUGAUGGCUAAGCCAAUCCCUACGUCCAUACAGACCCAUGACACUGAGUCAUGUGACCUUAGCCCCAUGAUACCCCUCCUGACCUCUGCCCUUGUGUCAUUCAUACUGUAACCAAUCUUAUCUCUGGCUCUCUGCCCUGCCCAUAUUCUCUAGUUUAUAUUCCCUCGUUAAAUACGGGUUCACUCAAUUGGCCACUGUUUGGCUUGUCACUUAUUUGUCAUUAUGUAAAACAAGAUAACGGCAUUUAUGUGUCAUGCCGGGAGAUAGGAAAUGUUGGACAUGACAGAAUGGGGAUGACGCUGCCCAGUGUUGGGUGACUGCAGCCUGGGGACAAGAGCUCCCAACUGGCCUGGCCCAGCCCACUUCCACUCUCUCUCUCUGGACGGUGAGUCUGAGUGAUACCAGACCUGGGUAAAAAUAUUUAUACAGUGAGGGAAAAAAGUAUUUGAUCCCCUGCUGAUUUUGUACGUUUGCCCACUGACAAAGACAUGAUCAGUCUAUAAUUUUAAUGGUAGGUUUAUUUGAACAGUGAGAGACAGAAUAACAACAAAAAAUCCAGAAAAAACGCAUGUCAAAAAUUUUAUAAAUUGAUUUGCAUUUUAAUGAGGGAAAUAAGUAUUUGACCCCUCUGCAAAACAUGACUUAGUACUUGGUGGCAAAACCCUUGUUGGCAAUCACAGAGGUCAGACGUUUCUUGUAGUUGGCCACCAGGUUUGCACACAUCUCAGGAGGGAUUUUGUCCCACUCCUCUUUGCAGAUCUUCUCCAAGUCAUUAAGGUUUCGAGGCUGAAGUUUGGCAACUCGAACCUUCAGCUCCCUCCACAGAUUUUCUAUGGGAUUAAGGUCUGGAGACUGGCUAGGCCACUCCAGGACCUUAAUGGGCUUCUUCUUGAGCCACUCCUUUGUUGCCUUGGCCGUGAGUUUUGGGUCAUUGUCAUGCUGGAAUACCCAUCCACGACCCAUUUUCAAUGCCCUGGCUGAGGGAAGGAGGUUCUCACUCAAGAUUUGAUGGUACAUGGCCCCGUCCAUCGUCCCUUUGAUGCGGUGAAGUUGUCCUGUCCCCUUAGCAGAAAAACACCCCCAAAGCAUAAUGUUUCCACCUCCAUGUUUGACGGUGGGGAUGGUGUUCUUGGGGUCAUAGGCAGUAUUCCUCCUCCUCCAAACACGGCGAGUUGAGUUGAUGCCAAAGAGCUCGAUUUUGGUCUCAUCUGACCACAACACUUUCACCCAGUUCUCCUCUGAAUCAUUCAGAUGUUCAUUGGCAAACUUCAGACGGGCAUGUAUAUGUGCUUUCUUGAGCAGGGGGACCUUGCGGGCACUGCAGGAUUUCAGUCCUUCACGGCGUAGUGUGUUACCAAUUGUUUUCUUGGUGACUAUGGUCCCAGCUGCCUUGAGAUCAUUGACAAGAUCCUCCCGUGUAGUUCUGGGCUGAUUCCUCACCGUUCUGAUGAUCAUUGCAACUCCACGAGGUGAGAUCUUGCAUGGAGCCCCAGGCCAAGGGAGAUUGACAGUUAUUUUGUGUUUUUUCCAUUUGCGAAUAAUCGCACCAACUGUUGUCACCUUCUCACCAAGCUGCUUGGCGAUGGUCUUGUAGCCCAUUCCAGCCUUGUGUAGGUCUACAAUCUUGUCCCUGACAUCCUUGGAGAGCUCUUUGGUCUUGGCCAUGGUGGAGAGUUUGGAAUCUGAUUGAUUGAUUGCUUCUGUGGACAGGUGUCUUUUAUACAGGUAACAAACUGAGAUUAGGAGAACUCCCUUUAUGAGUGUGCUCCUAAUCUCAGCUCGUUACCUGUAUAAAAGACACCUGGAAGCCAGAAAUCUUUCUGAUUGAGAGGGGGUCAAAUACUUAUUUCCCUCAUUAAAAUGCAAAUCAAUUUAUAACAUUUUUGACAUGCGUUUUUCUGGAUUUUUUUGUUGUUAUUCUGUCUCUCACUGUUCAAAUAAACCUACCAUUAAAAUUAUAGACUGAUCAUUUCUUUGUCAUUGGGCAAAUGUACAAAAUCAGCAGGGGAUCAAAUACUUUUUUCCCUCACUGUAUAUAUAUAUAUUCAUUUCAAAUACUUUAUCUGGGCUUGAUUGAACUUCCUGGUGCAACGGAACAAAUAGAAUAGUUGCAAAAGUGCAUAUACAAACCCCACCCAUCUGGCACUCCAGCGCUAGAGCUCUAAAAGUAUUUGAAAGAUUUCAAAUAGUAUUUGAACCCAGGUCUGACUAAACACAGUAGGGCCAGGUUUCACAUCGCCAAUCCUUUGUACUGCUCAAACACACGACUGACAGGCGUUUGACACUUACCGGAAAAAAACAUAUGAGUGAUGUUACAGCAGGAAGUCAAACAUUAAACCCCACAUGAAGAAUGAGUAAUGGUGUGGUGGCUUUGAGAGACAUGUUAGAUAUGUGGAAGUCCCCGUGUUGAAGUCUGUGAACUCUACACUAGAGGUUAUAGCCCAACAAAAGAGGAUGUUUUCAAUGGUGUACAGGUGCACAUUUGACUUCCUCAUUUCCAAUGCUUUCUGUCAUCCCAUAGUGCAUCAUGGUUGCAAUACAAGCAUUGGCACCAGCUCACGGCUCCUUAUAACCAUCUUUAUGAAUGCAUAUAAAUAUAUUCACAAUGCAUUAUGCGUUACACACAGGUGGUUCAUAGAAGCUGUUAGCAGAUCUGCUGGUGAACCUCUGGUCUAGGUAGUUAAGCCAGGUGCAGUACCACCACAGUAACCUGCCUGAGGGACCGAAGUUGGGCCAACGGAGUGUGUGUGGGUGUGUGGGUCUCAGUCUCACAGCAAGCAUGGUAGACUCAUACACACAGGUGGGCGAUUGUUGAGUUUAUCAGCUCGGCCCCAUUAAUUAGUGUAAUUAGUCUUGCUGCGGGCAAUAAGGGCCCGAUAGGAGCUGACGGGCUCCGGCGUGCACACCCACUAGCCCCGUUUGCUUUCAGAUACGUUUGUGAGCGCGCUAAUCAGACACAUUAAUCACACAGUGCUCCCCAAAGCCGCCACUGAUGUUUGCUGUUGCAUUAGGACCUGUUAUCUCAAUUGGAGCCAUUGGAGGGUGCGGUGAGAAUGGGAGGAGGAGUAGGGCAAGACUGCCUGCAGUGGAAUUAUCCUUUAAUUGCCAUUGUUGAGUAUUGUUAAUCACCUUAUACAAUGAUUAAUCAUCUUUUCCGAUUGUUAUUUUAUUAUCAAAAACAGUUAAGUGAUAGUGGUUUUGUUUUUUAAAUGUGCUCCACAGCAAUUUGCUAUGAUAGGUUGAUACUCCUUUUAUUUCCCUUACAAUAGAGUGAUAGCAUAGUCAUGUAGGGCCAGUUUACUGUAUGGAGAGUCUGUAGCCAGGCCACCCCUGAAGAUUGAGCCACUUUGAAGACUUUGCUCUUUUCCUCCCGCACUCUCUCUCUCUACUGUCUGAGCCCUCUUUAUCUCCUCUCUUGUCUCUCUCGCUCUGUAUCCCUCAUCCUAUUCUUCCUCUCUUCUCUGAAAGACUUUCAUCCUGCCGAUCCCUCCUUCAUCCCUUCUUUAGCAUACCAAAACCUGCUGCAUUUCCACAUGCUUUAAGUGCCAUUAAUGCUAAUUGGAGGCUGGGUGCUCUGUAAGAAGCCCUCUGCAGGCCUGUUUGUUCACCCAGCAGGGGGGUGCUGUGUGCUGGCCGGAUGUGGGUACCUCUCGUCCCCUAUUCCCACCCCCACCCCUGUCCGCCCUCCCAUAGUCCCCGGUCUGUGGUCGUACUGGUCGCCAUGGCACAACUGUGGCAGCUGUGUGUGUGUGUGUGUGUGUGUGUGUGUGUGUGUGUGUGUGUGUGUGCGCGCGUGCGCCUGGAGGUGUUUACCAGGCCUCUGUUUGCGCAGUUGGUUUCCUGCCUGGCUGCCUGAGAGUGACACAAUCUCCCUUCAUUGCUGCCAUGUGACAGUGUAUGUUGGCCUGCCCUGCACAUCAUGGCUGAUUGGCCUAAGGAGGUGCCUGUGUGUGUCGUAGCAGCCGCUAGUUAGCUAGGUGAAUGUGUCCGAUAGCUGUGUGCUAACAGGUCAAAAAUAUUUAAUCAGCAGCCUCUCAUUCGGACAUAUGUACCCAUCUGACUGACUGAUUGGAGAAUACUGGGAGGGUGUUGCAUCACAUUAUGGUGUAGAACACACACACAGAAACAUAAUAAUGACAUGACAUUUACAGUACAUAAUCCCAGAUACACUGUUACUUUCAAGUCUUAUAACGUUGUCACCUGAGACUCUUGACAAUGGAGAAUAAUAUAGGACGGCUGUGGUUAUGUCAAUUGUUUAUUACUGGCCCCGGGGCAAACGUGUGUUGUAUUACACCAUGGUGAGCCCUGUGUGUAGCAUUGAAGGAGCAAAUUGGAUUGGUAUUACAGUAUGUAAACCCGGGCCUAUCCCGAUGAGCCGCGCAAACAAAUUGGAUUGGUGGCAUGUAAAUCUAAUGCAGUUUGAUGAGCUGUAGGGCUAAAUUGAAUUCUCAACAAUGUAAAUCUGCAUCGGCUCGAUGGGGUUCCCGGCGGGCCCGGGCUACUUAAAUCAUACGAUUGUUCCUCCUGUUACCAGAUACAAUCUCACUUGGCCAUUUUCCACAGCCCUAAUCUCUUUUUGAUGGCUGCAUAGGGAAGUAGCUUGUGUGUGUGUGUGUGUGUGUGCGAGCGUGUGUGUGUGUGUGUGUGAGAGAGAAAAUGUUUCCCUCAAACGAUUGCUCUGAUUGAGCCAUCCAUCCAUGUGUGUUUAUUCGAAAGAUUAUUUCCAGACAGUCAAAGCUGUGUAUCUGAUUGAAUUCAAUGUUCUCUCCUUUUCUGUGCUCUAACCCCUAACUAAGAAACUCCUUUGUUAGCUAUGCCUUUUACAAUCUACUUUAGAAUACACCGAAUUGUCUUUGUAUUUCUUCCACUUUAUUAACACAGAAGUCUUGAUUAUUGUAUUGCAAUUGUAUGGGCCAUUGUUAUAUGAACUGUAUGUAACUGAUGAUGAUGUGUUUUUUGGGUUUGUUUCCACAGUUAUCCGUACAGUGAAGACAGCAGUCAGGGAAAGCAGUACAUGAACACCAGAUGCCCUGCUUGGUGUGACCGCGUCCUCAUGUCUGCCACAGCUAAAGACCUGGUCUUAAAGGUGAGUUUAAGAAGCCCAAGACACAUACAUAUGGCGAUCUGCCAACAGUCAUUGAUCUGCCAACAGACCAUCACCCGGUGGUGUAUUCUAGAUUCAACAUGUAAAAUCUUGGAUUGCCAAUCGGGGAUAGCUUCACACGCUUGGUCUAUGGUAUCUAGUCUUACUCCAUCCCUCUCUCUUUCACAUUCUGUCUCAACUUCUCUCUUUCUUCAACCCACUCUGUCACUCUCACUUCUUCUCUCUCUCUCUCCGCUCUGCCCAUGCUCUGCCAGCCCCCCAGAUGGAGGGAUUUAUUGUGUGUGAAUAUUCAUACGGUGAGUUAAGCCCAGGGUCCACACAGAUAGUAUAUAUGUCCCAGAUCUUAUAACAUGCCAGUGGGCCAUAAUGGCCCUAUAAAGAUGGAGAUCUUGUGCUCCCUCUGUCUGCUCAUUCUCAGAGUCAACACAGUGGCAGAACCCAAAGCUGUGGCCCACCACCCUGCCCAAAUCCAGGAGAGGCAUUGUAAACUCUCAACCAAUCUGCCACCUCUCCUUCCCUCCCCGUCAGCACAGCACCAGUUUGGGCUGCAGACUGUUGUCUUUCCCCAGUUGUUUGCUGGAUUACUUGAAAUAUCUACCAUGCUAGUCCCUCAAAGUUGUUCCCGUCUGGCUAUGAUGUUUAGAGAACAUGGCGGAUCUGGGGUUAGAAAAAGUGUUCAUUAUCCAAGACCUCUUCAGCACUUGGCAUCUACACAAAGUGCAUCUCUUAACAUGUUUACGAUCAGCCUAACUUACCAUUUUCCAUGUAACUACAACUUUAACAACUGCAUCCUUUUUGGUAUGUUUUCCCUGUUGGUUGCGGUUGUUGUCAGCAAAAGAGUGUGUAUAAAUCUGUCAUUUCAAUUUACACUGAGGCGUCCCAUUUUUGCUUUAAUCAGCCCAAUGAAUAGAUUGAGUUUGUCCACCUAUUUGAUUACUGUGCUUUUUAAGGUGACAAGAGGAAAAAUGUAUUGUGUCUAAAAGUGCACACUCACACUUGAUUAAACUGGAGAUAGUCCUUGACAAUAGAGCUGUUGGAAGGCAUCUGAUGUGAUAAAUGAGACUAGAUUACGCCGGUGAGGCCAGCUGUAAAUUUAAGUGAAGGCAGCCGCCUUGACAUGGCAUGGCAGAUGUUCAGUAGGCACAAAAUUGUCCGAAAUGGGGUGAAACAGAGAGAUACACUCUGAACAUGUCCCCCUAAAAACAUGCUUAUUUUUGCUUUCAGUUGCAAAUCGUUUUGCUACGGUGUGCCCUCUUGAACAUGUCCCUGUAUGGGGAGGAACUUGCCAUCUAUGGCGACGAGAGACUCUUUACUGACCACAACACCAGAGCAUCCCUUCCUCCACAGUAGAGUGUCUAUGGCGACGAGAGACUCUUUACUGACCACAACACCAGAGCAUCCCUUCCUCCACAGUAGCACCUCUCUUCUGUACUACUGUAGUAGUGCCUGCCAUGUAUCUGAUGGUCUGGGUGUGUGCAGGAGUCUCCUGGAUAAAAGCCCAGUACAGUAGUCCACUUCACAGUGGGAGUCUGCUCACAACCACACUCACAUCUCUGCGCUCCAGAACACAGGAGGGGGGAGAGGAAGUUGGCUUUCUAAAAGAGAAAAACUCCUUACUAGCCUUUCUUCUCAUCUACUGUGGCUUUACAGGAAGGUUUGGCUUAUCCCCCUUUCCAAAACACUUGCCUUCGUCGUUUGUUUUAAAAAUAGUAGUUCUGCAAUUAUUUAUUUUUUCAAUUACAAGUUAAUUACUUGUAAUGUAGGGGAGUGGGCAGAGUCGCCUAAUGUUCACAGAUUGGCUGAUGCACUGAGCAUACGCACGCACGCACGCACACACGCACACACACACACACACACACACACACACACACACACACACACACACACACACACACACACCACACCACACCACACCACACCACACCACACCACACCACACACACCACACCACACACACACACACACUCAGUCACUCCAAGGCAGCGUUACAGAUUGUUAAGACAUUGGCCUGAAAAACAGGCAUCCACGUGGCAUCGUCUAUCAUGGCACGGUCGGUUAACUCGCCAUCGUGUUAUUUUCUGCUUGCCGAGCCCUAACACGCCAAAGGUUGCCCGCUGCCUGUGCGGCACAGCACCGGAGGGUGGAAGUGUGGUAAUGAAUGCUCAGCGGAGCGAGCGCUCUGUUUCUGCCGGAGGGCCUCGGUAAUUUGUUUAUCUGUCUAAAGAUUAUGCAGGCCGAAAAUCCACCAUUUUAUGCUGUCUUUGUAAAUGAUCAAGUCUCUGUGAUGAAUGUAUCCUGAGCUCCGGGAGUCUGCGACUCAUGCGUUUGGCAGGCAGUUGGGGAAAGUACCGGUGCGUGGCCCCGCAGAAAGGUAGAGUGAGGUACCCGGUGCACGCCAGCGCACCAGUGACCUUAGACUAGCAGGAUAGGUUGGAAGUUAAUUUGGAUUUAAGUUUAUGGUCCAUUCUGACGCUACUCUUUGUUUCUUCUCAAGUGGAAGCGCUUCUCGCCUAGUCACAGCUGACGGCUCUCAGGCUGUUUAAAAAGUAUUCAGUUCUACCAGAGAAAUAAGAUUGAUUAUACUCUAGGCCUGAGAUUCAUGUCUCAGUGUUUGACAAUUCCUUUGUGUGAAAUAUGGAAACAUGAUUCAUUUAUAUGCUGUAUGAGCUCAUUUGUUUGGGAGGUAAAUAUGGUCUUGGUAACUGAUUUCCACACAGUUCAUGUCUAUUCACUGUAUUCAAUCUUCAAGUAAAAGGUGCAAUAUUGAGUUUCUAAAGUUGUAUUAACUCCAUUAAAACUCUGCUGUUAGUUAUAAAUCAGUCAUAUGUAAUCAACGGUAGGCUACUUCAGGACCAGGUUUACCUACACCUCAUGAAAUGUCUAAGAGAAGAAUUUUCAUGUAAUAACAUUGUUAGAAUUAAACAGAAUAAUGUGUAUUUGACCUCAAAAUGCCAAAGAAUGAAAUGUAUUUAGCCCACUGGGAGAAAUAUUUUCUCUCUCAAUUAUGUUUUAGUUAUUCUUUGUUUACAUUUUUAUACUGCUGUUAUUUUAAUAGAACUAUUUUAAUGUGUCGUUUUUGUUUUUUUCUCAGCCUGAAAAUGAGGAGAAGAACUUGGUCUAUGACAAUAUAGGGCCCAACGUCUGCAUGGGGGACCAUAAGGUAACAUCACAGGCCUAGCCCACUUCUGGGUUAUGUUGUGUUGUGUGUUUGUGGGUAUGGGUGGUUGUCUGUGUAUGGAUUUGUAUGUGUGAUUUGCAUUGUGAGAUUGAGUACAUUAUUUCAUUAUGUUCUAUUAUUUCAAUUGAAAACUAAGUUUGCACUUUGUUGUAAUUUGGGAUUUCCAGUCAUUUUCAAUGAAUGGAAUUCGGUAGAGUCCUUGAUUUUGAAGGAUAUGACUCGUAAAUGAGAUUAGUACAACUACCUUAUCAUAACCCAAAACUAGUACUCCAUUGACCUAUUACAGCAAUUGCUUAUGCAUGUGCCAAAAGUUGGCUGUGAACAGUCAUAUUGUGAUCAGAGGCUAGUUUGUCAUGCUGACUUUAUAGAUAGUAUUUAACACAGUCCCUCGAGUCUGUAGUGUCAGACAGUGGCUGUUAGGCUGACAGAGAGAGAGAGAGAGGCGCCUUAAAGCUGAAGUCCUCAGUCUUUCAUCAUUACUUACUGUGGACUGGACAGUAGUGUGUGUGUGUGAGGAGACCUGGGCACUGAGAGAGACUCCACCAGACCUAGGCCAAGAACCACACGCAGCCGCUAAAAUCACAUUCUGCUAUGUUUAAAUUUUUUCCAAUGUAGUUAGCACGCAGGUGAAAAUAUGUGCGCCCCUGGUAUGUGAGUUUAGGUUGUGUGUGUGUGUGUGUGUGUGUGAGCGAGCGAGAGCUUUAAACUUGUAUUUGCCCCCUUGCCUUUGACCCUUCCACUCAGGGCAGGACUGUUGCUAACGGUCUUAUUUGUCUCUCUGUGUCCCUCUGUCUGGCAGCCUGUCUACCUGUCCUUUCGUUUAACACCCGGGGCAGGUAAAGCUAAUGCAAAUAAGCACAAGUGUUGUAACGUGCAGUGAUGUCUUGGUAAAUAUUUUUAUUUAUUAUUAUUAUUUAAUUAUUGAUUUUUACUGUCAUUAUUAUUCGUAUUAUUAAUAUGAUUCUUAUUAUGCUUCGGUUUCCUUAAUUUUUUGCAUUGCAUUUUUGUAGUUGUUUGUAUAAUACAUGCCUGAUGCUGAAGCAUAAUUCUCAAUUGUCUGUGUUUUUUCUUCUUUAUUUUGUCAGGGAAGUGGUGCCAAAGGGUGGAGAAGAUAUCU